AUGAAUCGUGUGGUUUUACGGCCCUGGUGUCGCCCAGAGGUUAUUCGUUCGAUAUAUACCCCUGGCGCCUUUAUACCUCGUCGGGCUUUUCCUGCGCAAUCGAUCUACAAUGCCAAUGGCCGGCACUUUGCCUCGGUGUCGCGUUGGCACAAUAAACAGUCUCCUGAAACCCCUCCUGCAUCAAAUUCCGAAUUGAAUGAACCCAGUAACGCAGCAUUGGAAAAUGAGACAACCAAUUCGUCCGGCCACGUCCCGUGGUAUCUGCAGGAAGCAUCACCGGUCUCCGAGUCGCAGCAGAUUUCGUUCCAGGACCAACUACCGGAUCUCCCAGAGCAAUCCCCGGAAAUUCUUCCCGUUCUCCUGGAAUACGUCUUCAAAGAUCUUGGAUUGGACAAAUUGAACCUGAUGGACCUGCGCCCCUUGGAGACCCCUCCCCCGCUCGGGGCCAAUGUCAUUAUGAUUAUCGGAACCGCUCGUAGCGUGAAGCAUCUGAACGUCUCGGCGGAUCGCCUUUGCCGGUGGUUGAGAAGCACGUGGAAUCUAUCACCAUACGCGGAUGGACUGCUGGGUCGAAACGAACUCAAGAUUAAGCUACGACGGAAGGCUCGUCGAGCUCGCAUUGCCAGCCAAUCGGGGUCCAUGGUCGACGAGAAGGACGACGGCAUCACCACGGGAUGGAUUUGCGUCAAUGCCGGCGUCGUGGAGAAGAGCGCCGCCCCAGAACCAGGAGCCCAGAAUUUCGAAGGAUUCGGCACCGUCGUGGGCGGCACGCGCGUCGUGGUCCAGAUGUUCACCGAGGAGAAGAGAGCCGAAGUCGAUCUGGAAAGCCUAUGGCAGAAGACCCUGGACCGUGCCGAACGAGAGAAGAAGAAAUACGCUGAGGCCAACCCCUCCGCGCCUCCUAAAGAGGUUCGUUUUUCUUCAUCGACAGACCCAUCACCAUCACCAUCACAUUCUGACCUCGAUCAUGGACAUUCCACCAGGACCCCGGUAACGGCCCCGCUCGGACAGAGAAGACAGAUCCACAGCGGCCGUCCGCGGAUCCCAUUCCAAGCCGUGCAGGGCACCGCUAGCACACCCAUUCCCUCACCUUUUCGGUCCUCCGUGCGCGGAUAUUCCACUUCCCAGGAGAGUGAUGUUGUAAACUCCUUGUUUCAAUACCUAUCAGGCUUGUCGGACGAGCAAGUCCGAAAAGACCUGGGCACCGGUCCGGACGAUACCUCUUCCACACCUUUCUUGCAAUUGUUCUAUGGUAACGACUCCCGGUUUUCCGAGGACGAAAAAGCCUUUGCCAAAUUAAAGCUGUACUGCACCGCAAUCAACCGACACCAUCCGGGAUACAGCAAGGAGGGCUUGGCCAAGACCUUUGAGUACUAUGCUGCCCUGGCCUGUGUCAUCCCCGACGACCUCAGCUUUGAGGUUAUUUCGACCCUGCUAGCCGGUCAGCCCACGGAUGAGCCUGCCGAAGGAGGAGUCAAGAUGACGUUACCACGCGAGGAUAUCGAAAUUGCCUUGGAUGUGCUAGAACACCUGAGCACGCAAGGCACCAACCUAAUCAACCUGAAGAUGUUCAACAUCAUCUACAAAGCCGCUAUGAUAAUCCCUGACCAGCCCCAGCUCCAACCAGAAACCGAAGCGGAAGAACCCACAGAAAACCCCUCAAACGAAGACAAAAUGAUGACAUCCGCCCUAUACCGCGUCUCCCGCAUGAUCGACACCUUCAACUUCCCCUUCGAUGCCACGGAAACCCGACUGCACAUGGUCCUCCGCUUCCAAGCACAAGACUACGACGCCUUCUGGAAGAUCUGGCGCCAGCUCCCGAUCAACGCGCGUUCGCGCAAUCGAAAAGACUACGAGAUGCUGUUCAAGGAGCACGCACGUCUUGGGGACCCGAUUCUCGCCGAAUCCUGUCUGACAACGUGGUUCCCGAUGAUGGACCGAGAAAAGAAUCCUAUUUCGCUAGAAGGUCAACUUCGAACCUCUGUCUUGGAGUGUAUCCUUCUGGCGGAUCCGAAUGUUAGAGAGAAUUCUCAGAAUAUGGCUAAUACGCCUAUGGUGCGCAUGUGGAAUGAGUGUCAUCAAAGACGUGAGGUUCCGGACCAAUGA